CAGGGCCCCGGCACGGCCGCUGCGGUUGCCACGGGAGCCACCGCCGCCGCCGCCGCCGGUCUGAGCUUCCAACGGGCCGGGCCCAACAGCCGCGGGCGGGUCGAAACUGUCAGCUGCUGACCUUGAAACAAUGCAUCACAACGAUAAGAGUGGGAUCUCCCAAGGUGGAAGUUGGGAGAUCCGCCGGGUUGCAGCUGGGCCUUAUUCCAACCAAAAUCCACCACAGCGGGCUGUGCUUGGGCUGCUGACUGAGAAUGGGCAGUGCUUGAGGGCAUGUAGCCAGGGUACCACCAUAGUCAGACGCUUCUCUGGCUCUGAAAAUGCUUUCUCUCCCUCUGGAAAGAAUAUAUUCCCUAGCUGUAUGGUCAAUGUAACAUCCAAGCAAGGGUUUGCUAUAUAUGUAGAUGAACCAGAGCAAAAAGACAGAUGCAGCUGCACAGUUGUAGAAGAGGUGGAACCUAGCCAGUGUGAAGUGGAUACUAGCACAAUGAAACCCAAUAUUCAUCUGUUGUUGGAUUUGAGUACAGGUUCUCCUAUGUUGGUGGAUACAUCAUUCCAGUCACAACAUGAAGUUCAUAUGGAUAACAAUGUGGAUAUAAUGAGUGUGGGAGACUAUGCAGAAGACAUUCAUCAGUACCUUAGAGAAGCUGAAAUAAGAUACAGGCCAAAACCAUAUUACAUGCGAAAGCAGCCAGACAUCACAUCAGGGAUGCGUGCAAUCUUGGUGGACUGGCUGGUGGAAGUUGGGCAAGAAUACAAACUUCGUACUGAAACACUGUACCUAGCAGUCAACUUUCUGGACAGGUUUCUUUCCUGCAUGUCUGUCCUCAGAGGGAAGCUGCAGCUUGUGGGAACAGCAGCAAUUCUUCUGGCUGCGAAAUAUGAAGAGAUCUACCCUCCAGAGGUAGAGGAGUUUGUGUAUAUAACAGAUGAUACUUACACAAAGAGACAGUUAUUAAGAAUGGAACACCUGCUCCUGAAAGUACUGGCUUUUGACUUGACGGUACCAACUAUCAACCAGUUUCUCCUUCAGUAUUUACAGAGACAUGGAGUCUGUGUCAGGACAGAGAACUUUGCAAGGUAUGUAGCAGAGUUGAGUCUCUUGGAAGCUGAUCCAUUUCUGAAGUACCUUCCUUCACAAACUGCUGCAGCAGCUUACUGUCUAGCAAACUACACUGUGAACAGGCAUUUCUGGCCAGAAACACUUGCUGCAUUCACUGGGUAUUCACUAAGCGAGCUAGUGCCUUGUCUGAGUGAUCUACAUAAAGCAUGCCUUGAUGCUUCUCAUCGACCACAGCAAGCAAUUAGAGAGAAGUACAAGCUGUCAAAGUACAUGCACGUAUCCUUUAUGGAGACACCAGCAGUUCUUCCUCUGCAAUAAAUGCCAGUGAACGAACACACUGACUAAAAUCGAAGCACUUGCCUCCUGAUCAACAGAGUUGGUCUUACAUUUUUAUAGGGCACUGCAGGUCAUGUGUCAAUAACCAUGAUGCUUAUUGUUUUAGCUGACAUUUUUAAAUGAUUUUUUUACAAGGACUGUAGUCUAGUUUUAAUGUAAACUAAAAGCACUUUUAAUAAAUAUCUUGCCUUAUGAAUAUGUCUCUAGCUUCACUUGUCCAAGCUUCAACUUACUAAGAUUUGUGGUGGAUUCUCUAUCUUUGGCACCUUUUUAAAUCAAUAUUGGGUGAGUUUCGGUUUGAACUGGAGCAUCUUAGGGGGGAAACCUCAGAAGUCCUAUGGCCUGUGUUCAGCAGGAGGUCAGACUAGAUGAUCACAAUAGUCCUUAUGGCCUUAUAACCUCUAAAUCUUAUCUAGGUCUCAAAAUGGGUUGUGAAUCAAAAGGAGAAACUGUUGACUCUUACCAUAAAUUGACUGCAAGAUCUGCGGGGCAGGUAUUGUAUUAAUCACUCAUUUGAGUCUUGUUUCAAACAAUAGACAGGAAGGCAAAGGCAACACAGAUCACCUACCUAUGAAAGUUAGCUAUUGCACACCAUCUUGAAAGUAAUUCAUUUCAAGUACUGCACCAUCAAAUCAUCAGUGGUUGGCUAGCUUUUUUUAGGUGAGAUCACAGCAGAAGUGGUCUUAAGGGAAUUGGAGAAAGCCCUAGGGAUAAGUUCAGUGUUGGUGUUCCCAUGUAGAAUGUGUAGGCAUGUAUUGGGGAGGAAAACAUGCAAUCCUUGAAUACUUAAUUGGCAGAGGAAAGAAAGGGUACAGCAGAUCAGUAGUGAGAGGUGGAAUUGUGGGGGCUUUAUAAGCAAAGAUGAAACUUGAUGGUAUGGUGUGGGGAGGAGAGGCAAUGCAGAGAAUUGAAGGGGAAGUGAUGUGAUAUUCAUGGGCCCUUAGAUGUGUCUAAAGUUAGGGGACCUGUAGAUAUUUGAGGCCAAACACGUGGACACUGCAGAAAUCAAAAUGCAAGAUAAGGGCUAGGAGUGCUAGCUGUGUGGAAAGAAAGUCUGACUCUCUAUUGGGAGCUGCAGCAGGGAUUGGACACUACUGGAGAGUUGGGGGGAGGGGGAGGAAGAAAUGACAAGGAAGUCAAAGAUGCCUCUCCAUCCCCAGCUGUGUGCCGGAAUGACUUGUUAACAGUGACAGAACUUGAGCAAAAAGAGGAGUUUGGGUCGUAUUAAGCUCUUAAAGUUCUGUGAAGAUAUUUAAUUCAGCCAGUCUGACUAGACUGAGACAAGUCAGGAGUGGAGAGGUUGUAGAAAAAUAUUUGAAUCUGAAAGUAGCUGAUGACAGGAAUGAAUUUUUUUUAUAAUGGAGUGCUUGCGGGGGCAGGCAAUAGGGAUAUUUUACCUGGUCUUUCUGAAGAAACAGAUACAGACAGCCUUAAAGGAUAAGACUUCAGUGGAGAGCAGAUUAAAGCAGCAGUGAGGAUGAAUUUGGGGCAGGCCUGAGAUUCUACCUUGAAGUAGAAUCCAUGGUGAAAGCAGAGUAGAGCUUGCAGAAGACCAACCAGAAAGAAUUCAGGAUGAAGUUAGAGGACAUUAGAUACUGAGGCCUUGGGUACCUCUAUGCUAUAGGAAUUAGAGGAUAUCUCUCUAUUCCAGUGUAGGAUUCUUAAAUACUGCACACAGUCUAGUACUCUGAUCUCUCAAUAUGCCACACAAGAUUCCCCUUCACUUAAGACUAGGCUCAGGGAAACUUUCUUAAAUUCUUUCAUACUUGAUUUCAUCCCAUUUCUAACAUUCCCAUCUUACCCUUGUAAUCUAAACUCUGCUUCUUAGGGUUCAUAACACCACAAAAGACUCAUUGGGGCAGGAGCCCUCUUGAUCUUCCCUUACCCAAGUUGUAUCUUUUCAAAGAAAGCUUGAAACAAAUCUGACUUCCCCCUUGUCCUAAAGUCCUUCCAGUCUGUUAACAUAUUAACAGACACAAUGUGGUCAGUAGAUUGUGUAUAAAUAUUGCGGUCAUGCCAGACCUUGCACUACUACCUCAUCUAAUCUGAAAAGAUGCUUUGGUAUCUAAAACGAUCUUCCUCUUUUUGCCACCGGACAUUUCACAAAUCUUCCCCAAGAGACUUUCCCUUGCUUCCAAUGCAUAUUGCAAACUGCUUCUUUAGAACUAAAAGUUGUAAUGUGCAUUUGAAUAGCCAACACUAUCUACUGCCAUCUGUCUCAAUCCCUUGUGUUUUUUGUCCUUAAUGGUGUGUAAAACAGCACCUAUAGGUUGUCCUUAACAUCCUGUCUAAACCUUCUUGAGAUGUCUCCUUGUAUUAAGUUUUAGUCCUCCUGCUGACCUGCAGCUCUCCCAGGACCUAAACAUACUGGCCUUGUUUUCAGCCCUCAGCAUGUUGACUGAAAAGACCCUGUCUGUAUCAACCCAGUGCAAAUAAACUUAGAGUAGAAUUUAUUGAGCCACUGGAGCAAGUGCUCUAGUAAACAUUACAUCUAUAGAGUUACCUUAAACUGGCACUUGCAAAAAUGAAAUCCAAUUUAUGGGGUUAUUUAGAUCUAGUAAAUGGUCUAAUGUGAGGGUAUGACUUUCUUUUUCUUAACUCAUUUAUAUUAAAGUGAGGUGCAGAAAUAGACAAAACCUCCGGUUAUUUAAGAGUUAUUUAUUUAGCAAUUUCUGGGGACCUCUUACAGAUCUGUCUCUUAUCCCUGGUUCCAAUGUACACCCUUUCUUUUUAAGUUCAUCCUAUAGCUGCUGCUUAUAAUGGAUUGUUCCUUGAGUCCCUCAAAAUAUAAUUAACAUCUAUGGGGCUGUAUUCUUGUUUGACCCCAUAAUCGGUAUGGAGAGGCACUUUACAUUCUGCAUAUGGUAUAGUUAAAGAUUUAUAAGCUGACCCUGCAAUCAACCCAAGGAAUAUAAAGAGUCUAGGGACCGUUUUCCCUAACGAGCUACAGAGUUGCUCAGCAGGGAGGAGGUAGAGGUCUGUGCCCCUCCUGGGGAACAGGGGUACUAAAAUCAGGGGCUGUGCUCAGAUUUUAGGAUUAGAGUUCAAGAAAUCUGUCUUGAACUCAAAUCUGAGAAGCCAUUAAUCUGAGAGGGGUACUUGCUUUGGCAAGUUUAGAAAAUCCUGUUGAGUGGUAACCAGACUUGCUGUCCAUAUCAUGCACUGUGCACUAGAAAAUAUUUCCCAACACUGAUUUGAAUACAAAGCAGCUGUUAAAAUAGCUACUGUACCACAUCACUGCAAAUAAUGGCUCUUGCUUUCUCAGAGUUAGAGGGGGGAAAAACUGCAAGCCCAUUCUAUGAAGUGCAUGAUAUGGAACGCGAAUAUCUUUCCAUAAUGUUUCUUCAGAGAGAGAGGAUGGCUUUGUGGUAAAAGUGCAGGCUAAGAGAAGCUGUGCCAGACUUGCAGUCACUUUGUGUGUUACAUAACCUUUCUGCUGCAGUUGCCUCCUCUUUAAAAUGGAAAUCUAUAUACUUUAUAGGAAUGACAAAAGGAUUGCUAUGCAAAUAUUUGUGAAGCACUUUGAUAUCCUAGGAUGCAAGGCACUAGAAAAGUCCAAAGUAUUAUUUCUACCCUAAGCCCUACUUGACGCUCUUGUCUGACAGGAAAACCUUGCAGGGGAAAGGGUAGUGAAAGGCUGAAUAGAAAACAUGCAUAUGCUCUAGGAGACACUCUGACUCAGGUCAGAAGACUCAUGUAACAACGCACUAUCGAAAAUCUGAACUGUUAGGUGGUUGACAUGCAAACUGUCACUAAACUUAAUUUGCUGUAAACGGGUAAACAAAAACUUAUUACUUAUCAGUCUCCUCUGAUUCCACCAAAAUGAAGUUGAUUUUGAGAUAUGAGUGCCCAAAAGGCUGAAACGGUUUUGUUUGUGUAUAAUUUUGAUUAUAGCAGCAUAAGCCUGACCCUGCAGCAGGGAUUUCCUCACCCACCCACCCCAUGUGGGGUGUUUACUCCCCCCUCCCCUGAGUUUUGUGAACUAAUUACAUGCACUGUUGCCAAUUUAGUGAUUAUUUGGACAUUUGAAUUGAAAUUGAAACAUUAAUACACACUUUAAAAGCAUAACCUCUAUCUGAAAAAGUAUAAUAGAUUUGAAAAGUAUGAACGUAAGACUAGCUUCCUUAUACAGCUGUUGUUUUUUAUGACCAUGUCAGAGCAUUCGUUUCAGUGAUGUUGGCCAACCUAAUAAUUUCAAAUGAUGAUUUAUAAGCAAAGUCUAAAUGAGCUCUUCCUGACAGCUAGUGAUGAGCUGUGGGGAAAGGCUUCAGGACCAGAUUGUAUUUACAUUCACACCUAAUCUACCUAAGUAUCCAGCAAAUAGAGUUGUGUUGCCCAAGUGAUAGAUUUUGGCUGGGGUUGGGUUACAAAUCACUUGAAUGCGGGGGGUAAAGAAAUGUUGUUGCAUUAAGCCCUUGAAAAACAAUGGUUUAUAAUAUAAAUGUGAGGUGAACUGUAAGUACUGUGUAUAUCACUACUGCAAUAGUUUACUAUAGUAGUAAAAAUAAAGGAGUUUUAGGCCUCAGACAAUAGGCUUAGAGUAAUCCUAGAAUAUCAGGGUUGGAAGGGACCUCAGGAGGUCAUCUAGUCCAACCUCCUGCUCAAAGCAGGAAAAUUUUAUAUAGGAAAAAUUUAGUAUUAAUUGAAAUAAUCUGAAACACAAUUUCCAGUAUACUGUAUUCAUGUAACCAGUAUAUCAAGUGUAUCUAAAUGGUCUAAAGUGAAUCAUUAUUUUAAUGUUAGAUUUGUGGAGUAAGCUUUUUAAAGGAAUUGAUUCCAAGGUCAGAAGAGACUAUUGUCAUCAUCUAGAUGGAUUUCUUGUCCAGCCCAGGCCAUUUAACUUUGACAAAAUAAUUCCUAGAGCAUAUCUUUUAGAAAAACAUCCAGUCUUGAUUUUAAACAUUUUGGUGAUCGGGAAUCCACCACAACCCUUGAUAAAUUGUUCCAAUGUUUAAUUACUCUCACUGUUAAUCUGUAUCUUAUUUCCUGUCUGAAUUUGUCUAGCUUCAACUUUCAACCAUUGGAUCAUGUUAUUACCUUUCUCCGCUAGAUUGAAGAGCCCACUGUUGUAUAUUUAUUCACCAUGUAGUUAUUUACAGACUGUAAUUGGGUCACCCUUUACAAGCAGCUAGUAUGCCCAAAGUUUUUUGUGUUUCUUCAAAGCAUUGCAACUGAACUGGUGGUUUUAAAAUAAAUGUUUUCAGUCUAAAAGAAGGUGGGGAAACCCAAGUAGUUAAGGUUAGGAAUCAUACAGUGCAAAUGCUGACAGUGGGUUUGAACAAGGAACAUUAAAUGGGUUUAUAUGGGAAACUGAUCUGUGAAGUGGUCCCAGAGGCGAUUCUUCUGGGUGGUAGUGGCUGCCAGAGUGUUGCAGUUCAACCCUCUGCAUUGGGUAUGUAUUACUUGGAGCAAGAAAGAACUUAUUUACUUUGUACAAGUGAAUUUGAACCUUGCUUUUGGAGAAAAACUGGGUUCUAUACACUAACCAAGUGAUAACUUACCCAGACCUAAAUCCCCUCUGGGUUCUGUUGCUGUCCCAUGCCUUUUGUAUAUGAAAGGGAAAAUGUGCAUCUACCUUGUUACAUGGAAUAUGCUGACCUGGUUUAAAUAACACCUAGUUCUCAGAUAUACAUAGAUACGAAAGCAACUUACACAAUUUAAAACACAAACAAAAGGAUAAAAAUCCAAAUCAGAAAGGCAUGCUCUGGCCCAGAGAUCCCUUGGUGCCAACUGGCAGAGAGCACAUGGGCUGCCUAGAGUUUUAGAGGGAUCCCCUGGGUUGGAUAGUUGCAUAAUAGUUCACCAGUGGGUGGCAUGUGAGGUCUCUACUGAGAGCCAGUAGCCCACUAGUCGUCAUAAUUGCAAAAAGUACGUAUGGAUAAUAUUUAAGGGGUUAUGUGUAUCUACUAAAAUUAUGUUUUGAAGAUCUUGGAGUUAAGGCAGGUCACCAGGAGGUCACAUACCUUGGAGAUGUUCCUUUCAGGUAGAGAGUAACUGACGCUUAUUGUAGAGAGACAUAUACUGUGUGGCAUACAAUUUACAUACUGAGCCAGGUGCAAAUUCAGAGAUUGCAAAAUAGACGAGAGAGGAAAUCUACAGGAAAAACAAAUAGCAGAGGGGUGUCCAGUUUGUGAAUAAAGACAAAGGAUUGGUUUGAUAUACCUUAGAGUGCAAAGAGACACACUGUAGCAGGCAAACUGACAGCAUGCAUGUCUCGUGGAAGAAGGGUCACAGCCAGCCUGGAUGUAAAGAGGUGCAAGGAUUUUGGAUGAGUAUUACUCUGCUAGUCACAAGAGUAUCUUGUUAAUUAAGGCUAGGUUCCAGAAGGUGUGUUAUGAUUUUAUUUUGUAUGUAACUCUUUGUUUCCAAUAUUUCAACUUGCUACUACUUGAAUCUCUCUGCUUUGUUAAAUUUUGUUUCACUAUAAACAUAUCUAAGUGUUGUGAGUUAAGUGGAGUGGUGAUUGGAGGGGAACUGGUAGAGCUGUGGUGUACUGCUUCUUUGGAAGCAGCAGAUUGGUGAAUACUGUAAGUGUCCAGUGGACCAGGGGUUGGAGACUCUAGUG